AUUUUGAAAAUUUAUACUUUCGCUAGAGAACAUUGUUAUUUUUAACUUCUUUCUGCAUUGGUGGAAUGCUUAAUUUGGGUCAUAGGUAUAGGCAGAUCACAAGGUACUGGCUGACGAUCGCGAAUUGCGGCGACCACGAUGGUGGUCUGGAGGAGUGGCAUCCACAUGUGUAGCUUGUAUAUUAGCACCUUUUGAUUUAAUCAAAACGCAUAUGCAAACACAGACAAAAAAGAAGAGUAUGUUAAAAACAACUGUCAAAAUCAUACGAUUAAGAGGCUUUUUAGGUUUUUAUGAUGGUUUUACAGCGGCUGCGCUUCGUCAGUUGACAUGCACAAGUCUUCGAUUCUCUCUGUAUGAGAACGGCAAGCACCUAGAAAUAUUGCAAAACUCGAAUUCCAUUCUUGACAAAAUGUAUGUUGCAAGCUUUGCAGGCAUAGUUGGAUCAGUAGUUGGGCUACCAAUGGAUGUGAUAAAUGUGCGGAUGCAAAACGAUAUGAAAUAUGCAGAGAAUUUAAGACGAAAUUAUAAGAGCUUUAUGGAUGCUCUGAUCCGGAUUCCCAAAGAGGAGGGGUGGAUGACCCUAUAUAGUGGCGGGAUUGCUGCUGUUCUUAAAGCAGCUAUUGGAAACAGUGCCCAGCUAGCAGUCUAUGACCAAGUUAAAAGUGAGCUUCAUCAUCGCUUCAUGUUAGAAGACGACGUGCAUUUACAUUUUAAGAGUUCAUUAAUCACGUCAAUUAUUGAGUCAAUUAUUUCGCAGCCCUUUGACGUGCUGAAGACUUUAAUGAUGAAUGCACCACCCACACAGUUUCCGACUGUGUUCCAUGCUAUUAAAUAUAUGAUGCGUUUUGGAUAUUUGGGGCUCUACCGUGGAUUGGUGCCCACAAUUGCUCGAAAGGCCCCAGCCACAAUAUCAUUGUUUAUAAUUUAUGAGCAGUUGCGCCUUAAUUUAGGUUAUAUUCCACUCGACUCCAAAUAAUGUCAAAUUUUUAGUAAAUUUUACCCCUGUAAUUUUUGCAGAAGUUGUCAGCC